AUCCACACAACGGAUGGGAUCCAGGGCGAGUGCAUUUCGCGUUCCGUGAGGGCCGUGAGAGAUAUGUUUAUGUAUUUUGACGAGAGAACGAGCAUCGAAGCGUGACGUCUCCUCGUCUCGCCUUUUGUUUGAGAGAGCUUAGGACUUUCCGAUAUUUCCAUUGAGGUUUGUAGGAAGUCCAGCGGUCAGACUUCAUUCCCGGAAUACCAGCUUUCCCGACAUCGAUCGGGAUGGAAGACGGAAAGCUUGUCGCACGAUUUCGAUAAACAUACCCUACAUUUGUCAGACAAUAACCCCCGUAGGUAUGCAGACAUCGAGGCGCACGACAAUGCGACGUGACGUAUAUAUAGGGUGCCCCAGGAUCACCGGAUAUUCUUUCAACCGCAGCUUCCUCAACCAAACGAGUUGGAGUUGCCUUUCUUUGGUAAAAAAAAAAAAUCAUGUGGGAAAAUUACGCUUCGCAUCUUUUGGUGCGCCAGGAUCAAGGAGUCGCUCGGAGUCCAAAGUUCGGCCGAGAAGGACAGCACGCGGCGCCGGGACACCCAGUACAGUCGCGCUUGGGAGGGACUCACCUGUUUCACAACCUGCGUGACGUGCACGCUCGGGUGCGUCACGUGACCCGCGCUCCACGGCUCCGCUGUAGUAGGUGUAGCGUAGCGUCAGCGCGCUACCAGCGAAUGUGCACCAUGGCGACCGCGGUAGUAGCCGUAGCGCCUCUGUGAGGAACGGCGACGUUGCGGGUUGCGCAAGGAGUGAGUUGACCGCGGCGAAAAGUGCGCGUAUACGCGAGCACAAAACGCAGUGACCGCAACCGCGCCCACGACUCCGAGGGAGGUGCGCUCCAGAUGGGGGCGAGAUCCGGCUCUGCGACCGACCAACGACGACGACGGCGUCGCGUCGCCGCGGCCGAGGGGCUUUAGCGAAAUCCGCGAACAUUUAACGAACGAACGAUCGAUCGAUCGAUCGGCGUCAUCAUCAUCGGCGAUGAUUCACGGAGAUCGGCGCGGGUCCACGUCAAGAUCGAACGCCUCGAUCUCGACUUGAUUUCAACGGAAAUUGAAAAGAAAAAAGAAAAAGAACAGGAACGAGACGAAGAAAUCGCGAACGUGAGACGGUAAAACGCAGCGAAACGGCCGCGCUCACGGUUUGCGGUGAAAACGAGAGGAAUCGCCAAGCGGAGCACGGAGUAACGGCUGCGUUACGCGCACGGUCCGCCACCGCCGCGGUCCGUGAACGAACCGCGUGAACGAGCGAGGAGGAUUAACGCACGAAUUCGAACCCCGCGAAGUAUCCCGCGUCUUCGGUACAGAGCAUCGAUUUAAUAAUAAAUCGAAGGACUACGGUGGGUGGAUUCUAUCUUCUAGUGAGUUCAGUGUCUCUCUCUCAUCGAGUGGAUUCAAAUUAAAUCGACGAUCGGAAACAUGUGUCGAGGAAUGCAACGGUUGUGCGUCUCGCUGUCGAUCCUGGCCGUUCUGGCAGGAGCCCGGCCGGACGACAGGUACGACUCGACGUCGAUUUACUACACGGAGCCGACGAUGCUGAUGAACGCGAGCGGGGUGCCCUGGAACAACGGCGGUCUUCAUGAGCUGCACGGCGGCCGCAUUGUCCGAGGUCAGAGACUGCUGUCGAGAUCGAAGAGCCCUUACUUGCUGCGGGAGGAUCUGUUCGUCGAGAGGGACGGCGAGCUCGUCGUCGAGUCCGGCGUGGAGAUUCGUUUCGGCCCGAUGAUCGGCAUCACCGUUCGCGGUAUCAUAACCGCCGAGGGCGAGGCACAUGCGCCGAUCCUGCUGACCGCGGCGGAAGUGGAAACGCAGGUUCCAACUCUUCGAGCAUCACCCACGAUACGCCUUGUUGACGGACCGAGUCCGCUAGCGGGAAGGCUGCAGCUCUUUCAUCAAAGUGCCUGGCGUUCCGUCUGCACGAACUCGCGAAAUUGGACCCGCGCGGACCUGGAGACAGCGUGCCGGCAGCUUGGUUAUCAGGGCGGUCAAUGGUGGUCGUGGGUCGACAGACAAUGGCCGUCCAAGCCGCGUCUUCUUUAUGAAGAACCAGGUUGUCGUGGCACCGAGAUGUCGCUAACAAUUUGCGAUCGUUGGUCGGAGAGAGAAUUGGGCGCCGGUGUUUGCGAUUAUCAUCCGGACCUGGGUAUUUCUUGCCUGCCUCGCCACGAUGGUGCGACCAAAGCGAUCAAGCAUUGGCGAGGGAUACGAUUUGAGGACGCGGUGUACCAUAGACCGCUCAUUCAACAGAACACACUUUACGUGCGUCGAUCGCGGUCCAUUUUGCGAAAUACGGUGAUCGAAUAUGCUGGCACCGGGAGGGAAUACAAUGUAACAUCGGCAAUUCAUGUGGAAGGCGUACCACCGAGAAUGGAGUCGAUUUCUGUUCUCCAUUCUGCUUUCACGGGUAUCAACGUCACCACGCCGGACGCACCGGUCGUGAUAAAUAAUUGUACCGUGCAAUAUAACAGAGGAUACGGGAUUUAUGUAAAUAGCUCGUCCGGCAUGGCGCAUAUCAACAACUGCACGGUUUUCGAGAACGGAGCGGACGGGAUAAAGUACGUGCACGCGGACGAGCGACCGGACGAGAAGCUGGAUCGUAACGACGUGUACGAUCUUUGUACCUUCCCUACAACGACCAGUCAGACCUUCCCCAUCACUGUAUCUAUGGAGCAGAAUAAAUAUGCGCUCAACGUAAAAUAUUGUCCACAACACAUUUUCACGAGGCCGGGCCAUGUGCUGACGGUGCAUUUUCUGCAAAUGAAAACCGACAGAAACGACAGCGCUGUCAUAGAGGUGCGCGACGGUAUAAGCGGAGUGGACAGGCUUUUGGCCACUGUCAAAGUCAGAAACGGAACGUUACCGCAGAGCGUGACCUCAACGCGCCAGAAUCUCUUCGUGAAGUUCACAGCGGAAUCCCGAACGAACACGAUCGUGUUCAUGCGAGUGUCGUCAGGCUACAAGAAAACAUAUGAUCUCAACGUGACUGGCAGUGUAAUAUCAGGCAACAGCGGCCGUGGUAUCAUCGUGGAGAAGCUAAGAUCCGCCUUGCACAUCCACGAGACCUCGGUGUCGAAUAACGAUCAUGUGGCGGGCGUGCAGGUGCUGGGUGGCGCGACGGACGUUAAUAUCACCGACAGCCGUAUCUCGUUCAACCAAGGGGACGGCGUUAACAUCACUGUUACGGGCGGCAAUCGUAACGUGUCGCGUAGCAGUAUAUCGUCCAACAGCGGUUACGGUUUCGCGGUGUGGCUAAACGACAGCCUCGCCACCGAAUACGUACACUUCAAUCAAUCGACCGUGAUCGAGUACUCGCAGAUAUUCCGCAAUAAGGACAUUGGCGUUUUGAUUGGUAAUUCAACCGGCAACUCGUACGUGAAUGUAACUGGCAACUGGUUCAAUACCAGCCUCGAAACGGCGCUGCAAGUGGAAUCCAGUUGGAGGAGGGACAAUGGAAUAAUGAGAGUGCAGAUCGGGCACAACUCGUUCAUAAAGAAUGCGAAGUUGGGGAUCAAAUUGAGCCCGGCGCUCAAUCUCGACGCUAUUAUAGAGUACAAUCACUUCAGAGACCAAGCGACCGGCGCGAUUCUGAUAAAAAAUCCGCUGUACGAAGAGUUUAACGUCUUACCCGCGGAGGUCGUGAUCCGACAUAACGAAUUCUACGACAACCGAGGUACCUUCGUAGCCAGCAUCGGCUUAUCGCCUUACAACGACGCGCAAAAGUUACUGUUCACGAGGAACUUCCUGCGUGACAAUCGCGUUCGGGAGCUGUUCGACAACGGCGAUAUGCUGAAUGUCAAACUGAUACCGCGCUCCAGGGUAGCCGCUGUCGUUGUCGUAUCCUCGGGCAACGUCGAAGUUUUCCGUAACAUUUUACAAAAUCCCGAAUCGCCUUAUGAGAUCGGCUCUCAUCUGGAGGAUCAGAGCAAAGUUAUCAAUUGUACGUACAACUGGCUAGGAUCUCACGAAGAGAAGAGGAUAUUCGAUCGAUUGUUCCACAGGAAGGACAGAUACAAUCUCGCCAAGAUCGAGUAUCUGCCUUACCUGCUUCACAGCAGCAACCCUGGCGCGAACACCAUCAUGCAGCAUCGGACGUACGUGCCGCAGUUCAUCACGCCCGGCACGAAUCUAGUCGGGGGUGAGGUAGACGGCCAGGAGGAAUUAAAAGCCGGAGAGUACAUGGUCGAGCGUGAUAUCAACGUGAGACCCGGCGGCAAACUAAUACUGCAGCCGGGCGUUACGUUACGCUUCCCACCGGCCGUGGGAAUGAUGAUCGCUGGCAAAUUCGACGCGCGCGGCAAGAAGCCUAGCGAUAUCUUGUUCACCCUCAAGGAGGAACUCAAUGUGUUACCGAUUAACGACACUUUCACGGACGAGGAGGAUACAAUUCAAAUCGACGAGACGGAAACCGUGCCAGUGAGACUUCUUGGUGGAAAAACGAAUCUCGAAGGGAGACUGCAGGUAAAAAUUGGGAAUAAAUGGGGCACCGUGUGCAAUUAUGGAUGGACGAUUCUGGAUGCGGCGCUCGUUUGCCAUCAGUUAGGCUUUAUCCUCGAUUACGAGAAUUGGCUCGUGGAGCGAUCGCACAUUCCAAACGCGGGCAUCAACGAGGAUAUACUUCUCAGCAAUGUGCGCUGUACCGAAUACGACAGUGAUAUAACUAAAUGUCGGGCGGAAAGGGAGCAGGAUUUCGAGAACUCGUGCACUCACGCGAAUGAUGUUGGCGUCAGGUGUUUGGAGGCGGCAUGGGCGGGUCUCAGAUUGGGACCGCUGGCGCAACGAAGCGACUUGCAGUACGUGACGAUCGAAAAGGCAGGCUUGCUGGAUUACAAAACGAAUUCAUUUAAGCCAGCCUUACAAAUCGAUUUCGCCCGGCACUCGCUGGACGGUGUCAAGGUCAUUAACAAUCUGCAAGACGGCUUGGGAGUUCUGUAUUCCGACAUAUAUUCGGCGGACGCGAUAAAUAUCGUGACGAACAGCGAUUUCUCGCAGAACGGCGGGAGUGGCAUCAGUUUUAAGCAACUGGGCAUGCGGAUCAUCAGCUCGCGAAUCGAGAACAACAAGUUCGCCGGAAUAAGGCACAAUCCUGCACUCUCGGCCGUUCAGCAGAGAGAAUUCGCGGGAUGGUUCCUGCGCGCGCCGGACACCACGAUCGACUCGCCGUACAAUCCGAUAAUCCUGCCGGACAUGAACGGGAAUGUCAUCGAGCUCGCUAACGGGGAGACCAAAUACAUCAUCACGGCCAAAGUGACCGGCGAAUCCGUCCGUCGUACCAUCACCAUUAAAUGCACCCACGGCUACGUCAUCGGCAUCCAAUUGUUGAACCCGAUAGAGAAUCGAAGUACGGAACAGAUUAUACUGCACGACUCGCAGCGUUUCAACGAGAAUCAGACGAUUUGGCACGUAAAACGGGACCUGAACGUCUUCCCCGUCUCGUCCAGUUCCUUCGGGGUAAUUUUGGAGUACGACAGCGGUGAUAAUGCCCUCGGUGGAGCUGUCAUAGUUGUCACGUCGCUCCUGGCUCCGAUACAGAAUAUUCGCAAUAAAAUAGUCAGAGGUCCUAUUCCGUCGCUGAUCGUCACGAAGACGAGGAUCAAGAGCAAUCAGAAAGGCGUGCUCGCGUUCUACUACAAUCGGUACCUGAACGAAAUCGGCGAUCAUUUUCUACGGAAAGCCAACGAGACUAUUCAGCUAGUCGGUUGCGAGAUAUCGCACAAUCACGAGGAGGCCGUUUACGUGUAUUCGCCUUACUGGAACAUCUAUCAGACGAAUCUGUCCGAGAUCUCGAUACACAUAAACAACAGCCUGAUCACAGACAACGGUAAAGGUAUACAUCAGUUCAGCCGCGACGCGAGGCACUCCAACAAUCUCUUCCACUGGAUAAUGCAAGACAGCACGAUCGAAAGAAAUCGCGGCGGUGGUUUCGAGGUGCUGCUACCGGACGUCUGGCAGUACAACGAGAACUUCACGCACUCCCUGUACUUCGGCAAUAACACCUGGCGUAACAACGAACAGUUCGGCUUCGUGGUGGACGGGCAUUUCGCGCACCUGAACGUAUCCCACAAUCGUUUCGACAGCAAUCGCUGCAAGACCGGUCUAAUAUCGAUACGCGGCAUGGAGAAGAGGAUCAGAAUCGACAACAACCGUAUCGAGGGUAACAGCGGCGUCUACAUGGUCGAGUUCCGCGCGGACAGCCAGUCCGAGAUCCUCGGUGACGUUUACGCGCGCUUCUAUUACAACGAGAUCAAGCGAAACGCGUACGAUCUCGUCGGUAUGGGACCACGCCGAACGUUCGACGAUCCCAGCUACGUCGUCGGCUUUCACGGUAUACAGAAGGUGCGAGUCAACAGAAAUCUCUUCGGCGAGAACUCGCUGGAUUACGAGUUACUGGCGGGCAUCAGGACGGCCAAGAUCAACAACGAAGUGGACGUGAUGGAGAAUUGGUGGGGUACCGAUAACGACACCUCUAUCAGAUGGAGGAUUUUCGAUUUCGAUGAUUGGAACGAUCACGCGGUGGCCAACUAUCGGCCGUACUUGAUGAGCGACUCGUUCGACGCGUCUAUCUCCGCGUCGUGGCAUGUAAAUCGGGAAAUCGACUUGGACAAUCUGGGCGGUCGCAUAGUGGACAGUCUCUCGUUGUACGCGAGAUCCGAGCCCUACGUUAUACGUUCCGACAUCACGGUCAUGCCGGAAGCUACCAUGCACAUCUACCCCGACGUCGUGAUGGAGUUCGCUCCUAACGUUGGCAUCUUAGUCCUGGGAACGUUGAAAGCCGUCGGCGUACCCGGCCACGAGAUCGUAAUGAGACCGAUGAAACGAGUUGACGCGAGCGUGAACACUACAUUCUCCAAGCCGACGCCAAUGAGGGCUUCCGCUAAUCUUAUAUCAACGCCAGACGAGACGAUUCGUCUGUGCAAGGAUGGACGUUGCUCCGCAUUGCACCACGAAGGAUUUCUAGAGUACUUUAACAAGACGACUCUUCAGUGGAUCCCGUUGUGCGACGAUCGAUUCACCGAGCGCAACGCCGAGGUGGCAUGCCGACAACUCGGUUACGACACCCUCAACGUGUACGUGUCAUAUGAUCGUAGAUACGAGCUCCAUCCUGGUUCGUUGACGCGCGUCUGGUCUUGGCCCGAACCGCUGCAGUGUUCUGGGAAAGAGCAAAGCCUCGAGGACUGCCAGAUCAGACUGAACGGUCAGUUGUUCGGUCAUCGUCACGAGUGCUCGUGGGACGGGCAGUUCGUUUUCCUGCAUUGCGGCAAGCGAAACCUGGACGACGCUUACGAUUAUUGGGGCGGAAUACGCAUCGCGAACAGCGAAUUCGAGCAUCAUCUCUACGAGCAUCGCAUCCACGACGUCGUGACUCACGAAACGGUCAGGCGUGUCGAGUCGGUUCUCCGAUACAUCAACAUAACCGGCGCCGGGAUCCUGCACUACGAGAAAUCGUCCGCCAUACAGUCGAUCAUGAAGUCUCCGGCGGUGGUGCACGUAAACAUAGAUCGCAGCGCUUAUCACGGCAUCAACGUCGUGUCUCCGACGCACACGGUGGAAUUACUAUUCAACACGAUUAACAACGUCCUCGGCAACGGCGUAAAUGUACUGUCCUUGACGGGAGAAGGCCGCGAGGCGGAUGAGAGCUCGUUCAUGCCUAUUAAGGAUCUCAAUAUUCCUUAUCAUCUAUUCAGCAUGGUCGAUAUAUGCGACACCGCGAAAGAGAUCACGAUCGAGGAGCGUGUGAUCGUGUAUUACAAGUACGAUAAUUAUCCUGUGAAUUGCGUGAAGAUUUUCCGCAGUCCUUACAAAACCAAACCGUUUGGAUUUAGGCUUUUGCAAUUCAAUCUUUACAACUCCACCGGCAAGCCGGGCCGUGCCGACGGUAUAACACUGUACGACGGGGAUAUUUACAAUAUCAGCACCAAAGCGAUUGCCCAUUUAGAAGUUAAUACUCCUGACGAGAAGAAAUUGUUCAGAACGGAGAAUCCCAGUAUUAGCAUUCGGUUAUUCGCCAACGGCGCCAGUAAUGUGCACGGAUUUAUCGCGGAAAUCGUGACUCUCCCGAUAUCUGCCAUUGGUUUCAAUCGCGACGUGCAGCACAACGUUUCCUAUUCUGUGAUAUCGAACUGCCGCGAGGGAGCCGUGAAGUAUUCAAGCGCAGGCGAGGUGAAUGCCAUAAUGACACUUGAGCGUAAUCAAUUUGUGAAUAAUUGCGAGAAGCUGUACGGUAAUUUCACCACGUGUAAAUCUGCGCUGUGGCUCGACGUUCAAAAUACGCAGUCGCUCUAUUUCAGGAACAAUUUGGUGCAGCGGAAUCAAGGCGGUCUUUCCAUCCGCGCCGAUUCGAGAGGUUCAGCAACGUCCCUCAAGGGAUGGAUUCACAAUAAUCUCUUCACGGAAAACUUCAACAGGCCUGCGUUGUACGUCGAGGGUCGUCAGAGCAGUCCCUACCAAGAGGUGACUAUAUUCAGGAAUUAUUUCACCAAGAACAAUGCUCCCUACGAAAAUAACAUCAUUUUGAAGCAAGUGGUCAGCAACAUGACGCUCAAUUACUUACACGGAAAUCUCGGUAUGCACUUACUGGAGAUUUCGGGAUUCGAGAAGGUCCGCUUGCCCUAUCAAAGCACAUCUCACAACGGCUUCUACAAAAACUACGCGGUCGAUCGUGAAGGCCGUAGCACUAUCAUCGCCGGUACACCCGGCCAGCAAUACGUCGAUAAUGUAUUUUUUAAUCCCGAUAACGAUUACGAGAUGCUCACGCCGAACAGAUCUCUUGAAUUAGAAAUGUGGCGAAUACCCCACAUAGACGCGCGGCACAACUGGUGGGGCUACAACGAAACUUUGGCGGUGGCUGGACGCAUCAGAGAUCGAGGGGAUUCACCCGAGUUGCUGCAAGUGGAUUUUCAGCCCUUCCAUAUAAACAAUAAGUCGGUAUUAAGCGGCAAGUGUCCACCCGCCUGGGAUCUCGUCGGUGACACGUGUUACAUAUUGAUCGGCGCGCCGAUGGACUUUUACAGCGCGCGAGACUUUUGCAGGUCGGCAAACGCGUCGAUGCCGUUCAUUAUGGGAGAUUAUCUGGAACUCUGGAAAUUCGCGCGCAAGCAACAGGAGCGAUUCGAUUAUUCGGAGCGCGUAUGGGUGCAACAAUUGGAACGCAUCGAUCAGUGCACGAUGUUCACGUAUCAAACCAUCGAGAUCGAUCACUGCGCGCAACCCAAUUCAUUCAUUUGCGAAAUCGAUCCCAGAGUCAACAUCGAUCCUCUGUCGUGGAGGAAAGAUAUCGUUGCGGUGGGUGUUUUGGGAGCUGUCGGUGUCGCGCUGGCAUUGCUGACCGCGGCGAUCGCGUUGUGGGCAUCCAAGUCGAAGAAACGCAAACUCGAAAGACUGGAGCGGCGUAACUCUAUUAGGCAAUCCCUGCAUUCCCUGCGAUCGGUCGGCUCCACGUCGGGUUUCACGGAGCUUGCUUAUCGACGAAAGCCUAUCGCGACCAAACAUUCCACGGAUACGCUAAACUCGAAUUAUAAGCGCAUGUUGAACGGUGGUAGCCUAGACUCGAUGGACAAGUCGCAACUGAAUUCCUCGAUAGAGGACAAUCAGAGCUACGACGUGUACGAGGCACAUAAUCCGCGAUACUCGCCGAGCACGAGCGACUUCAAGAGUACGGCGCAGAAGUACGGCGCGGCGCAGAGCGUCGACAAUCCGGUCUUCGACCUGGCAUAUCGCAACGAGGGCUUCCGCAAUCAUUCCACUUUCGCGGCGAGGAACGGUACCGCCGCCACCGCUGCCGCCGCCGCCGCUUCUAACUGGCCGUCGCAGCCGAACGUGCAAUCGACAUCGGUCGACGAGAGUCCCACGGUGUAUCCCAACAACGAAACCUCAUCGUACCUUCACAACACAUCCACGCUGCCGCUCCACUCCAGCCUUGCGCUCACCGACUCGAUGAGCGAGCUGAAACGCGACAUCGAGGCGUCGUCGGCCGGUUACGAUCCCAUGGAUUACAUGAAACCCGCCUACGACUCAACGCCGAGUCAGGCGUCCGAGCCCGUUCCGGAGUACGCGUCGGACUUCCAGCCGCCGGUACCGCCGCACCCCUAUCACUACGAGCCCGAGAGUAGACCCAGGAGCGAGACGCUGCUGGAGACCAACUUCGACACGGGCGAGGAGAAGCCGCUGCGCUCGAAGAGCGAGGUCCUGCUCGAAACCAAUCUGGACGCGUUCCUAGUCAACGAGCCCACGGAACUCACCCAGCUGUCGACGGCCGCGCGAAGCAAGAGUCAACCGUUGGAAACGGCGAUGUAAAGUUCUCGGAACGCGACCUCUUAGACCAGCGUUAUCCACAAUCCGGGCACAGUGCCGAAGCCGUGUGCCAAACGUCUAGCGACGAGCACUGCCAGCUAUCGCACAAUAAGAGAUUUUCACUCGUUCGUAACAUUAUGCUGCCGAUUUAAGCGACUCGUGCCAUUUCCAAUGAUUGCAAACUAAAUAUUGGAAUGUACGCGCACAGUAAGUCUUCGUUGUUAAUAACCCAGGAGCAAAGAUGCGGACAACGCUAACUCAUUGUUAGCUGUAGAAAUCGAGAGUCUCGUCACGUUGUGAAACAACGUUAAAUCAUUGAUCCGACACGUUAGAUAACGUUGCAAUAAUUAUUUAUAGCGACGGAUUGAAAUACAAUUAAUAAGUAUGUCAGUCUUAGACAAGCCGUGUUUGGGAUAAAUGCAUAGUACUCGUACAGACACGCAAGAUUUUCGAUGGGAAUCGCCCCGUCAAGACUUCGCGAGAGGGAGUUCAUUACGUAUAAUAUCAACGUUUUUGCUGUUAGAUUUUUUUUUACUAAAACGUUGAUAGUUUGGCAUGUAUGUUUAAAAUGGACCGCAUUUUUUUUCACACGACGUCCUAAAGAUCUCGAUAUUUUCGAUUCAGUUCAUCUUCCGUUAACGAUUCUCGGAAGUUGACGCGCGUUAACUUGUUGCGUCAUGCAAUCGUAGGUGUUCCAAAGAGGAUGACUGUUACAACGACACGUGUUACUUAAUUCCAAUUUCGUCCACAAGCGGUAUCUAAUACCCGCUAAUUUGAUAGACUGUUAAUAACGACACCGUCGUUGAGAGUGAUGCGACUCGCCGGAGACAAGGCUCGCGGAUGAUCCGCGAGAGUAAAUCGAUUGUUAAGACUACGAUACAAGUAUUUAGCAAUUUUAUCAAAAUCUAGACGUUAAAAAAAUUUUUUUGAUACAUAUAAGUUGACGGAGAGAAUAUUUAGAGAUAUACAACACGUUAUAAAUAUUAUCCGACGAUAAAUAUUUAUCGUCGGAAGCAGGACGGGCGGGAAGGAGGAUGUAUAUUAAUAUUAACGAUAAAAGUGCAAAAAGAAUUAAUUGAUUGAUUAAUUCGUUGUUGAUCUUGUUGCGACAAAGCUGUGAGAAUAAAAGCAGACCUCAUAUUCGUAAUUAGAUUAACUGGACACUCUCAUUGUGCUCGACAUUGUUCGACAAACGAGGUGUACGUCAGAUCGAUCAAAAUUUCUCCUUGUUAAUUUAAGAGUAUUAAAAAAAAUGAACAAGUUUAUUCUUUAAUCUGCUAACAUCAAGAAAAGUUGGAGUUAUCAGAUCCGUUGGCAAAAAUCUAUCGCGGAUGCACGGUGUUACACUGCCAAGUGUGUCCAACGUCCGUACGUUAACUCUCGCGAGUAUUAAUAGAGUGAUUAAUUGCUUUAAGGGUAUCUACGUUAUAAAGCUAAGCUGUAAAUAAGUACGCUCUAUUUAUCUAAUACUCGACGUAGCGCAACGCAGAAAAUAUGAAUUUCACGAAGAUACAUCCGAGCAUUUACGACGUGAUAAAAAAAUUUGUACUCGCCACAGAGGCGUAACGCCUUCUUUCCCAGAGGUAACUUUACACAUACUAAAUAGACUUACCGUUUCCAUAAGCAAGGUGAUCUCACCGAUCUUGUUCUUAUCGAGAAAACAUUUUUAUAUUACCUGCCUUUAGCAAAGUAUCCGUCCAUACACGUAGAUUUUAGCGCGAUCGCGAGCGAUCAAUCGCCUUUUUACGAGGUGCGCGAUAAAUAGAAUUCUAAGUAAAACUUUCGCUAUGUAAAGAUUGCCUAAAGAAUCCCCAAGGGGAUAUUCUUGAAAGAGAAGAUAUAUAUAUAUAUAUGCAUGUGUGAUACACGUACCUAUUAGCAGAACGCGAAGGCACUCUUGCACAACGUCCGCAAUAUAUAUUUAAAUAUUUGCAACGUAACUUUCAUUAAGAUUUUAAUCAGCUUAAUUGUGCCACGAAUUCUCUCAUAGGUACCUUGCGCGAAUGGAAUUUGAUGUUUAUAAGGCUGCCUUUCAUGUACAUGUUGCAGAAAUAAGAUAAAUAAAUUAAGCGAAUCCAAACGAU